AUGGAGCCCACCGUGGAAAGUGGCGGCUUUUGGCUUUUUGCUUUUUCUCAGUACUGCACAUGUGUGCUGUUUGGCAUAUUUCACAAAAAUGACACCUUAGAGUCUCCAUUCUUGAUUGACUCGAUUAUGAAUUUUAAAUGGCUGGUCGGAGAGUAG